AUGGAGACCCAUAUUGCAUCACAUUUCCCUGAUCACCCUCAAUUUUCUGGGUUUAUGCGACCAUGUCGGAUGGAAGGCGAGGUUCAACAAUUGGAAGUCCGUGGCUCAAUUCCAGAUGACAUUGAUGGGACUUUUUAUCGUGUUAUGCCAGAUCCUCAGCUUCCUCCCUUCAUUGAAAACGAUCCCUGGUUUAACGGCGAUGGAAAUGUCAGCGCCUUCAAAAUUAAAGACGGCCGCGUCUCUUUUCAGCAGCGCUACGUCCGAACAGAGAAAUUUGUUCGAGAGCGAGAGGCAAAGCGCGCUCUAAUUGGCAAGUAUCGCAACAAGUUCACAGAUGCAGUUGAAUUCAAAGUGCGCAGUACUGCCAAUACCAAUGUUGUCUAUUUCAACGGUCAACUGCUCGCUUUGAAAGAAGACUCUCCUCCUUUUGCCAUGGAUCCUCACACUCUUGAGACGCUUGGAUUGUAUACUUUUGAUGGCCAAUUACCCAGCUUGACCUUUACUGCUCACCCAAAAUUUGAUCCCAGGACGAAGGAGAUGGUUUGUUUUGGCUAUGAAGCCAAGGGAGAUGGUACUCCUGACGUAUGCUAUUACAAUAUCACGCCUGAUGGUAAAGUUACCGAUGUUGUUUGGUUGAUUGCACCUGUGGUUGCCAUGAUUCAUGAUUUCGCUGUCACCGAUAACUGGGUCUUGUUACCAUUAAUUCCACAGCUAUGUGACAUCGAUCGGUUAAAACAUGGAGGAGAGCAUUGGCAGUGGAGUUCGGAAACACCAUUCUAUAUUGGUCUACUUCCUCGCCGCGGUGGAAAACCGUCGGAUGUUAAGUGGUUCCGUUACAAGAACUCUCACCCCGGUCACACUGCCAAUGCCUACGAAGACGAGAACGGAAACAUCGUCUUCGACUUGGGUCUCAGUAACACCAAUGUCUUUUUCUGGUGGCCCGAUUCCGAAGGAUUUGCCCCAGAACCAAGCUCCAUUCAUUCACAGCUCACCCGCUUCAUCAUUGAGCCCAACUCCGAAGACCUGGAUUUGACCAACCUGCAAGUCCUCCAAUCAAAUAACUCAGAAUUCUACCGAAUCGACGAUCGUUUUGCGACACAACAGUACCGACACUGCUUCUUCGACCUGAUGGAUUCUUCAUUAGGCACCGAUUUCCCAGCCAUCGCACCCAAGCUUGGUGGUGGAUACCCUCUAUAUAACUCACUCGCGCAUUUUGAUGUUUUGACAUCCUACACGGAGACAUACUUCCCUGGUAGAACACAUAUGGUUCAGGAGCCAGUCUUCAUUCCUCGGAAAGGCUCAACAGAGGAAGGAGAUGGAUACUUGCUGGCAUUGGUGAACAAUUAUGAAACUAUGAGUAGUGAGAUUCAUCUCCUAGACACCAAGUCUUUCACAAAGGCACAGGCCAUUAUUCUGCUUCCAAUUCGCCUUCGACAGGGACUGCAUGGAAAUUGGGUUGAUGCAGAUGAUAUGUGA